AUGGCCGGAUUGAACUUGUCAGAAGAGUCCAAGGAGAGAUUCACCAAGAUCUUCGAAACCGCACAGACCAUCACGCACUACGGCUGGUUGCCCUUCGUGAUCUACCUCGGGUGGGCGUCGACAAGCAACAAGCCGAACGUCGUGGCCCUCUUGUCGCCUUUGCCCUCUGCUUGA